AUGAGUCCCCCAGGUCAGCCACAACCACUCAUCGAGCCUCGGGUGCUGCUGGCGAGUGCCACGCUUGAAUCUCAGGAAGAGCUGACGCCACUCUCAGGCGCGGGAUUUGCGAAGCGUGCCCUAUGCCAGCAGGAGCACUAUUCUGCACUUCUUGGCCGCGAUGAGGAAGUUGGUGAGCUCAGGGAGGACGCGCCUGUCCUUCCGCGGGCCUGUCGAAACUAUUUGUUCAUGCAGGAUUCCUACGUCUUGCAGAAGAACGUAGUGGGAUGCAUCGUCUUCUUGAACAUGCUUAUGCUGGGCUUGGAGACGGAUGGAGUCUCGUGGCACUGUUGGCGAAGUUCCGAGGUGCUUUUCGUGCUUUUCUAUUGUUAUGAGAUUUCGGUUCGGAUCUGCCAGAUGGGUCCAGCGGCUCUUGCUCAAGCAUUGCCCUGGGAGGGCCAGGCCUCUUUUGUUUUCACAACAGACUGUGGACUGGUACUGCUGGGCCUUGGAAACCUCAUCUAUAUUGCGUGCUUUCCUGGAUCGAUGCCUGCGUGGAUGCUCUACACUCGCCUCGUGCGAGGGCUGCGGGUAUUCUACCUUUUCGACUCGCUGCACCGCUUUGCCACGGCUCUCUCCGAGAUGUUUUCAACUUUGUUGUGGAUUUUUGGUGUGCUGACCUUCACCGUUUACUUGGUGGCGGUGUUUCUUACGCACUAUGCAAAACACCAUCUCUUCCUUGAAGGCAACAGCGAGGAGUACUUCCAGAGCAUCCUUACGUCAAUGUUCACGCUUUUUCAGGUCACGACGAUGGACUCGUGGCCGGACAUCGCUGCCCCGCUUGUUGAGCACAGUGUCUGGUGGCGGAUCUUUUUCGUGAUUUUCAUUGCCUUUUCUGCAUGGACUAUGAUCUCGCUUGUUACGGCUGUCGUGUCAGACAAUGUCAUUCAGGCGACACAAGACCGUAAGGAAAAGCAGAAGGAGGCAAUGGAAAGAAGAAGAAAAGAGUUCGUCGACUUCCUGAAGGUCUGCUUUGUCAAUGCUGACACUGACGGAAACGAGGUUCUCGACCACCAAGAGUUCGCGACCCUCAUCAAGGAUCCGCAGGUCGUGGCCAAGAUGGAGGAUCUGGGUGUGACCCUCCCUCUACAAGAACUGGAGAAGGCUUUCGCCAUGUUGGAUGUGGACGAAGAUGGUGAGCUGUCUAUCGACGAGUUCACCUCAGGCCUCUCCCAACUCCAGGAGACGCUGAACACAAAGCAUGUUGUCUCCCUCGACUAUGGCCUCCAGCGGGUUUCGACUCAGGUGACGAAGAGGCUGGAACAUCUAGAGCACACCGUGACGGAGCGGAGUGAUGCCAUCGCACACAGUGUGGACAAGCUCACAACUGCCAUGGCAGAGCUCACCGACACGCUGAAGGGAUGGCGUCAGGACCCGAAAUAG